CAGAAGAGCAAUAAUUCAUUAGCAGAAGGUCUGCAAGCGUGCAAUUUGCAGUUUGCCAGAUACCUACAAGGGAGUUUCUUCAGAGUACAGAGAAACGUGUGAACUGCUGGUGUAUUACAAGUCUUUCCUUGAGAUGUCAGUCAAGAGCUGCAAUAGAGCCAUAGUCACUCCUGUGCUCAUUUUCUACCUAAAGAUACAACUCUCGGUACCAGCGUCACUGAAUGGGUCAAAAUGGUCUUAUAUUGGUCCUGAUGGAGAGAACACCUGGCCGAAGAAAUAUCCAUUUUGUGGAGGAGUAUUUCAAUCACCAAUAGAUUUUCACAAAGAUAUUCUCCAAUAUGAUUCUAAUCUCUCACCUUUAGAAUUCAUAGGCUAUAAUGUGUCUUCCACUGACCAGUUUACACUGACUAAUAAUGGGCAUUCAGUGAAAAUGCAUCUAUCACCUACCAUGCACAUCAGAAACCUCCCUUUUGAAUACACUGCAUCUCAACUUCACCUGCACUGGGGAAACAGAAACAAGUCGGAAGGCUCAGAGCACACAGUCAGCGGGAAGCACUUUGCAGCAGAGAUGCACAUUGUACAUUAUAACUCUGAGAAAUAUCCAGAUAUAACAACAGCAAUGGACAAAGCAAACGGACUGGCAGUUUUGGCAAUUCUUCUUGAGAUUGGACCCUUCAACCCAUCAUAUGAAAAGAUCUUCAGGCACUUCCGGAAUGUGAAAUAUAAGGAUCAGAUGGUCCACGUCCCUGGUUUCAACGUUCAGGAAUUGCUUCCUGACAGACCAGAUGAGUAUUAUCGCUAUGAAGGAUCCCUGACAACUCCUCCUUGCUACCCAAGCGUUCUCUGGACAGUCUUCCGGCACCCCGUUAAAAUUUCACAAGAGCAGCUGCUGGCACUGGAAACAGCCAUGUACUGCACAGAGAGUGAUGACCCAGAACCCCUGGAAAUGGUCAAUAACUUCCGAAACGUUCAGGAGUUUCGUGAAAGACUUGUUUUUAUCUCCUUCCAUGAAGGUGUUCUUGUUUCUGUUGUGAUAGCCUGCGUUGUGGGAGUUCUCAUCUUUCUCGUAGUAGUCUGUUGCCUAUGCAGGAGGAAAAGCUGCAAAAAAGAAGAGAGCCGAGAGGUCACCUACACACAAGGCAUGCACCAGAAGGAAGCAGCUAUUUCCAAACUGUGAUGCUGUGCUCUGUCUCAGAUGCCCCGUUUCAUCAUAGCACUGACUGAUUCUGCACUAACACAAUGCGUUCUCUUGAGGAGUGGAUUCUAUUGCUCUUGGCUAAUGACAAGCUCAGAGUGUUCUAAAAAUGGACCACCCCAAACUUUUACUGGAGCCUUUGUUCUCCUUUUCCAGGGAGAUACGAUCAGUGAAUACUGCUGAGGGCUAAAUUCCCUCCUACACUUACUUCAUGCUGGCUGCUUACUGAGUCUGGGUCUUUUAACUGGUUCUAUAGUUAAUCCUAAACUCCAGUUUUAUGGUUUGUUUAGCAAAGAUUUUCCCACAAGUAUUCAAACGUGAAGACACUCAGCAAGGUACACGUACCCUUUACUGCUAGAUCAGUGUUUUGGUCUUUGGGCAAUCCAGGAAAAGCACCAUGAAUACAAACAAGAUAUUUAAAAGGGCAUUUGUCUUAUUUAUCUUAACAUCCUGCUCUUAUUUAUAGCAUGUAUAAGAAUGAUGUGAGAGACACUGCCAUUACUGCUGCUUUUUAGCAUCCUACUUCCUAUUUAAUCAUGAAAUCUUGACUGAUUUUAGAGUACAUAUAACAAAUCCAAUUAUAUUGUAGAUCAUUUUGCUGACUUAGUUUUCUGAAUUUAGUAAUUUAAUUAUUAGAAGGUAAUUAAAAUUAUCUCCUCAAAUUUCAUAAGAUGAGUCUCCCGAGACUCACUGUGCGUUUUUGAAAGUGAGAAGUGUGCUUCUGCUGAAGGUGAUGGCAAAUUGUAUUGAGUUCAGAAGAACGAGGUCUAACCAGCCUAGCAGCAGGUGCUUACAGAACACCUCCUGAAUUUGACAUGUGAAGAUCCUCAGCCCACACAACCAAGAAAUAUAUGCUUACUGUAAGGAAAAGUUGCACGUGAGCAGCUACUAUCAGCCUAAUGUCAGCUUCUAGCAGCUUGGUUCCAGCUGGCAGGCUAGGCACAGAACUCUUCUACCAAAAGCCACCAGCACUAGGAUCAUAGUAUCUUACUGUUACAUUUCAUCCACUAUGAGCAGCGCAGUGCUACGGCACACCUUGCACAAUUAAGCUCAUUCCAAAAGUUGUUCCUGUCGCAUUAGGUUACAAGAAGUUCUGUAUGGAUUGUAUCUCACGCCUGUAAAGCAGAUCUGAAGGAUUUACUUCAGGCAAGCAAAUUUGCAUUUCUAAAAAAGCUCAUUAAAUAUAAGAGCUUAAAAAAAAAAAAACAACUACAAAGCUUCUUAACUGCAGCUAAGACACUGGUAGAAAAUAGUGCUCUUUUAUGAAGCUUUCUGGGUUCAAGUAAAAUAGCAUUUUUAUUAAUUUCAUAGCAAAAUCAAUGAGUUAAAUCUCAUUUAACAACUAGCCUUCAACUUUAAAUCUAUUGUUCAUUGCUGAACAUGUAAGCUUCAUAUUUAAUCAUUUAUCACUGCAGAAAGCUGCAACACAGAUGUGUGGUAUCCAUGAGGUCUCAGCUGUGUACUUCUAACAGCUGCUUUCCAAAAGUGAAGUUAUAAACAAAGACUGAUUCUUUUCCCCCUAAAUUCAACAAGGCACAAGUUGUUCCCUCUGUGUAGACAGACAACAGAUUAUAUUGGACAUUAUCUGGGAUGCUGGUGGGCUAAAAGGAAGUCACUCUGCACCAGGAGCAGCAAGUCCCCAUAAGGACCAGGAUAACAGCACAUGGCACUGUGCCACCUUCAUCGUGAGGAUGAAAGAAAACCUGCCAAGAAGUUAUAAAAACAACUAAACUACGUAGCAGGAAGGUAAGCAACCAGACUUCUUCACACGAGAUGGCUGGCACUGAACUGCUGGGGACAGUGAAGUGAAAGGCACAUCGUUCUAAUGGAAACAGCUAUUUCUAAGUCCCAGAGUCCCAUAGCAUGCAGCCCCUCAGAGUGCAUCAGUCAGACAACGCAGCACUCCUCCCUCACUGGGCAAUACUGACAAAAGCUCUUCUGCUCCGGCUGCUCAGGAAUCUUGUGCAGCCUCAACCAUUCACCCGAUUUUGUGGAAACUGGUCAGUAGAUUUCAAAGACACCAAGACAAACUGAGAGUAAUACAAUCAAUAAUGCAUAAUCUGCAAAUGUCAAGGCAACAGACCAGAUAAUGCUUCUCUCCUGCGCUUUGCAAAGAUAUCACAUGCAGUAAGAGAGCCUUGGUCACACAAACCCACCUGUGCUCUGCAAGAAGCAAAGGGGAAAUGCCAUUUCUUCCACAAGCUCCACGACAGCACAAGCCCUCCUCCCAAUGGGGCUGAGUGAUGGAUGUGGAAAUGUCUGGUACCUGCAGCAGGAACCUGGGAUCAGCAGGGGUUUCACCAGGAUUAUUGCUCAGGAUACAGGCUUUCAAAAAGCCACUGUGAGAUUCCAUUAUUAACCUGCAAGGACUAUCUUAAUGUCACUUCCUCUUCAUUUUUCCUUGACUUGUCUUCUACUUUAAAAAAAAAGACCAUCAUUUGUGUUCAUUACUAGAAAAUGUAAACUGGAGAGCACUCUAUCCUACAGACUUCUUUAAAAGAGGCCGUAUUUAUACGAUCCAAAUUUCAAAAGAUGUCACAUAAACAGACCCAUUAAACAAAAGGAAGCUCUGACACCUUGUUUCUGUUUUGGCAGCCUGUUCAACAAGUAAACAUUUACAG